GAACCUACAUAUGAUGAAAUGAGCAGGGUGCUAGCUGUUAGCAGCAUUGUGGACUGAGAGAUAGAGAACCAGAGAGGAUGCCGGCCCCCCUCAGGAUGAGGAGGGGGGCCUGCAGGUCGGCUAUCCCUUCUCUCUCCACCAUCACCGAGGAAGAGGAGGGACAGCGGAGCCGCAAGAGACGCAGGAGAGGAGGAGGCUCUGACUACCAUCUCAGAGCAGAUGAGAAGUUGUCGUGGAGUCGACCUGAGUCAUCUGCCUCUGGACAGAAAACCUACACCGUUCCUAGUCCGACAGAGAUGCGCACUGUUACCAGACCAGCUGCAGAACCUCUUAUACUGAAGAUCGAUGAAAGACAAAGACUUGCCCGCGAACGGAGGGAGGAGCUGGAGAAACAGAGCGCUGCACAAGGCUCUAAGUGGCUGGAGAGAGAGGAGAGGGCCCGACAGUUUCAUGAGAGACAGCUGGAGGAGCGCAGGAAAAAAAUGGAGGAGCAGCGUCUGAAGGAAGAGAGAAGACGAGCCGCGGUGGAGGAGAAACGACGACAGAAACUAGAGGAGGAGAAGGCACGGUAUGAAGCCGUUAUCAGAAGGACCAUGGAGAGGAGUCAGAGAGCCAGGCCAAAAUCAAACCGCUGGAGCUGGGGUGGAACACUUUCUGCUAGCACCUCACACAACAGUGGUUUUGAUGAGUCUGCUCUCUUUCCGUUGGAUCUAGCUGGGCUGGGGCACUAUCAUGGUGUUUUCAGCUUGGCCCAUCAGCAGCAGCUUUGCUCUAAAUAUGCUGAAAGACGGUCAGUGUCCACCAUGAAUCUGUCCAAACACACAGAUCCAGUCAUUUCCAAACGUCUGUCCUCGUCCUCAGCAACACUGCUGAAUUCACCAGAUAGAGGUAUGCGUCGAAUGCCUCUGACCCCAUGGGAGAAUACUGUAGUCUGUCGACUACAGACACCAACACACUCCUUUCUGGCCAGGAGUCGCAGCGCCAUGUCUUUGUCUGGAGAUGCAGUGAUCCCCGUUUGUCCUCGCUCAGCCUCCUGUCACCCAAUGACCUCGAUGUCCUUCAAGUCCCUCCAGUGUCACAGCGCCGAGCGACCAAUCAAAGCUGGCCUUAAUCUCGAGAGACCCCUUAGAGCAGGGUACGUUCCUCAAGGCAACAGCACUCGCAGAAAGACCACUCAGAAUAUACUGGUUGACAGAAAGGAUAAGGACAAUGUGAGGAAGUCAUGGAGCAAUCUUUCAUAUCCCACUCCCAGUCUGACCCCGUUCACACCUAAGAGAGCUCCUUCACCUGUCAGUAAUUGCAGCAGGGUCACCAAUCCAUCUCCCAACAGGACCUCCACUACUAAACCCCCUCAGAAGACUCCUAACCCCAAAAAGUCCAGGUCUCCACCUCCUCCCGCAUCAAUGCCUCUGUUUCCUAGUAACCCCUCAUUAAUGCCUGGCAGUCUUAGGUCUAACAGAGUGGCACCAGAGAGCCCGAGAGUUGCUCCAGAGGGAGAGGGGGGCAAAAAAGAGGAGCAGGGUCCAAAUUCCAACCCUCCUAAAACUGAACCAGAGGCCCCUGCAACUAAACCUGAACCCACUGCAGAAGGUACUGGAAGUCCUUCAUCAGCUCGGCCCUCUGCAGGUACAACAGAUCCUGAAGAAGCAUCUCGUCUGCUGGCUGAGAAACGACGGCAGGCCAGAGAUCAAAGAGAGAGAGAAGAAGAGGAGAGGAGAAAACAGGAAGAGGCAGAAAGACGCAGCAGGGAGGAGAUGGCACGCAGAAAGGCAGAGGAGCGAGCAAAGAGAGAGGAGGAGGCCCAGCGGCAGGCAGAAGAAUGGAGGAGACAAGAGGAGGAGGAGGAGAAGCGUAUAGAGGAGGAGAGAGCACAGAGGGAGAAAGAAGAGGCUGAAUGUCUGCAGAGACAGAAAGAGGAAGAGGAGGCUCGACAGAGAGAAGAGGCAGAGCGUUUGCGCCAGGAAAGAGAGAAACACUUCCAGAAAGAAGAGUCCGAGAGACUGGAGAGGAAGAAGCGCCUUGAAGAAAUUAUGAAACGCACACGCCGAUCUGAUCAGAAAAUAACUCCUCAGAGAAAUGGUGAUGUCAGCCAACAGAGUGGACAUGAUUCAGCGAGUACAGUAUCCAGUAGCCCGUCAGUGAGUGUGUUAUCCCCUAAGUCUCCUGAAACCUCUGUGACAGAACGUAGUGACAGUAAUGGACACAUGGGCCCCAGCUUCAUUACACCUAUACUGCCACUUGCAGGUCACAGUACAAGUGUUGCUGCCCAGCUCAGAGAAAAUGGCAUUGUUUCAGAGAUAAAGGCCAUGGCGGCCCAAGUGUCCCGUCAAGAAGGAGACGGAGAGGAGGUAGCAAAUGAAGAGCAGGAGAAGAGAAGGGUUCCCUUCUUGGCCUUCAGAGGGAACAGCAGCACACAUAAUAUAAGUGAACUGGAGGAGAAUCCAGCACUGUAGAGUGCAGAUGAUGUAUGAACACAAAUAAUGAUGGGAGUGCUGCGUGCAACACAGGCAAGAAAAAUAGGACGAGUCAGAGGGAGACCCCUCACUGUAUCUCCCUCCUUCUGACACUCAGACACCUCAAACUGCAAAGAGAAAUUAAGAAGGAAAAACCUCUGACCAUCUCCUCACAGCGGAGACGGAUCUCCUGAAUAUCCGCUCCAAUCUCCCCAAACUGAAGGUGGUACGGCUCAAACUAAUUAUCCACUGUUAAUGGAGUGGGGCCACUCUUUGUUGGUGACUAUAAAGUCAUAUCUAAUACUUGAAGAAUUGUAUGGUCUCUGUCAUGGAAACUCCUAUGAAGUGCUUAAGGAAUGUGUGACGAGAGAGUAGUGGUGAUUAUGUUAACAUAGGUUUAUGGCAAAACCUCCUAGUUUUGCUCCCUUUAUGCCAGCAAUGGAGUGACCGAACUCUCUGCUUAAUUUUGUAUAAUUAAUUAUUCAUUGUUAAUAAUGAAUAGAACAUAUUUUCCUCCCUCUUUGUAAAGCUUGAACAGAUGUUUGCCUCUUAAAUGAUGAAUUUUGCUACAGGUAUGGUUGCAAAGAUCUCUUGCUCCAUUGCACCCCAGCAUACGGCUGUCUGCGCAAUCUGAACAAAGCAAACGUUUGAGUAAAUAUCACAAAUCCAGGUCACAUUUUCCCCCAAAAUCAAAACAAAGAAAUAAUAAAUUUUGCAUAAAGAAAAUUAGGCCUAUUAGGACCAUUAACAUUUUUUUGCAUUGUACACAGUUUCCACACAGUUUUCAUAACUGUAAUGCCAAAAAAUACGUAUAUAUUAUUUAAAUUGUAAAGUAUUUAUACGUCAUGGUAGUAUUUGUUGCAAUGCCAGUAAUUUAUCAUGAUUUAAUUUAUGUAUAUAAAAAACAAUUGUAAUGACAUUACAUGAAUCACUAUUAUCUUUUUACACUUAAUCACUUUUGAGAACAUAGGCUUCAUUUUGAUUUUGGGGUAAAAUGUGACUUAGAUAUUUUUUUCGUGAGCUUCUCUUUUGAUGGUUGGCUAGCCGCGUUGUUCUGUGUAACUUUAAUCACAGAUAUGAAAGAGGAACUUGUAACUAGUCUAUUUCAUCGAUAGAAUCCAUUCAAGAUAAUCCAAUAAAAAAAUGAAUAUAAUGAAUUAGGGGUGCACCGAUCGAUCGGCCACCGAUCAAAAUCAGCUGAUCUUCAUCUUAAAUCCGUAAUCAGCCAGCCGAUCAUGCCUAGAAUCAGGUCGAUCUUUUUUGCAGCAUGCAGGGAAUUGCGCAUACAGUGCCGCUGUAACGAAUGAGCGCUUGUUUAGUCCUUGAAGCAUGACAGAGUGGCCUUUGGAGGGUGAGUUGUUGGCAAUUCUAAGCAUUCACAAAUUUAAACUUUCAGACAUGAUGUAAUUCACAUGAAUAUGCCGUUUUGUUUUUAAAAAUGUGUAAGAAUUGCACAUUGCCCAUUACGAAAUUGCCCAUUGUCUAGAGUUAUUACGGUAGUAAUUCUGACUCGCUGCACUGUGAGCAGGAAGAGGAUAAAGAGGCUGCUAAAGGGUAUAAAAACGAAUUAAACAACAAAUAAACAUGCAAAUACAAAUCUGAGUACACGUGACAAUCAGAUGCUGUGUGGAGCGAUUAGAGACUGUUUGAGCCUUCAUGAGCACUUUUAGCUUUACUCUCUUUAACAUAAGCGCUCUCCAGGUGCUCUCAAUAUCUCAUCAGCCACUCAUCCCAGCGCUAUUCUGUGAGCGUCCCAAUUUAAAUCAGAUUAAUGUUGGUCACAAUACCACUAAUAACAUUUGUGUUACAACAAGACACCAAAGACAGUAAACAAAUCAUAGAUAUUAAUGAUUUCUCACUGGAGCAGUUUUAGAGCUUGUAAUGGAUAUAUUUUUCUUAUUUUUGAACAUACCUCUGCUGUGUGUGAUGCUCUCAUGGUUUUUACUGAUUGCCAGUAUGUCACAAUGACCUUUUGAUAUUGACAACAGAACUAUUCAUAACUGUUUCAAAACAAAUAAAUGUUAGCAAUUCACAAUUAAUGUAAUUUUGGUAACUUUAUAAAAAGGUUAUAUUAGUUUAUGCAUUAGGUAUGAACAAACAAUGAACAGUGUAUUUUUUUCAUAAUGUUAGGUAAUACAAAUACAAUUGUUCAUUGUUAGUUCAUAGUGCAUUAAUGUUAACUAAUACAACUUUUGAUUUUAAAAAUGUAUAGUAUAUGUUGUAACUGACAUUAAGUUCAUUAGUUCAUGUUAACUUAUGUUUUUAAAUAAUGUUAACAAAUGGAAACUUUUUGUAAAGUGUUACCGUAAUUUUACUGUGUGGGGCAUAAACAUAUAACUGCAGCAUAUAACUUUCAAAAGUAUGGCAAAGAGCACUUUAAAAAUAAAAUAAAAUCAGAGAUCGGUAUCAGCCUCAAAUUUCCUGAUCGGUGCACCACUAUAAAGAAUGAAAUCUCGCAAAAUCAAUUGUAAUAAAAAAUGAGCAGAAUCUCUUUACAUUUUAAAUGCUGCUACCUAUGUCUUUCCUUUGCCUUAUCAGAUGAAGUAACUUUUUGAUGACUUGUUAGUAACCUGUGACCUCUUUAUCUGUUUAAGGGCUGAUUUGUUUUUUGUGUUAAAAAUAAUCCUUAGUUCAUCUAUGAAGCUUCCAAUAAAUGCUGUCGGUUUAGCCCUUUCAGUGCUGCUACAUCAUGUAUUAAUUUUACUUUCCUUCCAAGUCCUGUGUGAUAUCAUGAUGACAGAGGGCUUAUGUAAUACCAAGUAUCCUUUAUAGGGAACACUACUUUAUAAUCCACUUUGUCCUUGUAAACAACAAAGACUUCAGUUACAAGAGACAAUGCAAAUAAAGGCAGGGAUCGAUUACAUAUCAGAUAAGUCUAAACAGACACAAAAUAAAUUUCUAAAUGCAUUAACAGUAUAAAGCAUUAAUACAAGAUGCACAAAAUCUGACAGCAUUAUCUUGGGAAACUGUGAGAGAGGGUUUAAGACCAGCACAACUUCACUGAGAGACAGAGUUCUCAGUGAAUACUUAAUCUUCUGUAUUAUUUAACAAAAAAUAAAUCUGAUAAAGCCCUAUGUGCCCUUGACCAAAUCAACAGCACUGAGUACCACAUUGAAAAACUGAAGGAUUUUUUCCCGACCAAUUCGAUCUAUAUUGCAUGUACAGAUGAUCAAAAGCAAUAAAAUGUUUUGUUCAGAAACAACUAAGACUGCUUCAU